CUUGACAUGUCAUCUCCAUUGGGCGGUAGUUAGCUUCAUAAGAAUGCUUUCAAAUGUUUUUAGGUAUCAGGCGUUUAUACACAAAUGGCAGAUUACUACAGCCAAGAUUACGGGUCAUCAAUGGAUUACAAUAACAUGGAGACUGGUUACGGGUCUGCUGCUCAGUCUACCGCGAUGGGUAAUGGGGAAUAUGGGCAAUUUUCAUAUGACCACAUAAGAGAUGAGGAAGACUAUCAAGCAAUUCCUCGCCCCGAAAAGCGAGUAUCAUCGCCCCAAACUAAAUACGACUCUGGAAAUGACGAUCGAAUUCGGGAUAAAAAACGUGGGCGGAGGAAGUCGCGCAGUCGUAGUCGUGAUCGUCGACGUCAUAGCCGAGAUCGACAUCGAGACCACAGUCGAGAACGUAAAUCUAGGAGACAUCAUUCACGUCAUCGGUCAGCUUCAAGUCCUACGUUAGUAUAUAAGUAUUGGGAUGUUCCGCCCCCAGGGUUUGAGCAUGUAACUCCGGCACAGUACAAAGCCCUUCAAGCAUCAGGUCAAAUACCGGUCAAUGUAUACGCUGCAGGACAGGUACCAAUGCCAGUUCAUGCUCCGAAUGCUCCUCUAACACUCACUACUAAUGUUCCGUUCGCCGGCAGUGCUGUUUGCAGACAAGCACGCCGAUUAUACGUUGGUAACAUACCGUUCACAGCAACAGAAGAGAAUAUGAUGGAAUUCUUUAAUAAACAAAUGCGUGCUCAAGGCUUGAUUCAAGCGGAAGGUAACCCCAUAAUUGCCGUGCAAAUAAAUAUGGAGAAGAAUUUUGCUUUCUUGGAAUUUCGUUCUGUCGACGAAACAACCCAAGGCCUCGCGUUAGAUGGUGUUUUGUUUCAGAAUCAAGCUUUGAAGCUUCGCCGACCACGUGAUUAUGCUCCUCUACCAGGUGUUUCGGAACAGCCUUCAGUCAUUGUUCCGGGUGUUGUUAGUACGGUUGUCCAAGAUUCUCCACAUAAAAUAUUCGUGGGUGGUCUUCCCAACUAUUUAAAUGAAGACCAAGUAAAGGAAUUACUUCUAAGCUUUGGCCCCUUGAAAGGAUUUAAUCUUGUUAAAGAUGGUUCUACCGGUUUAUCGAAAGGCUAUGCCUUUUGCGAAUAUGUCGACGCAAACGUUACAGACCAUGCGUGCGCUGGUUUGAAUGGCAUGCAAUUGGGUGAUAAAAAACUCAUUGUGCAACGAGCAAGUGUAGGAGCAAAGCAUACUACAGGUGUUCUUCCCCAAACUUUGCUAUCGUUACCAGGGUUGGAAGAUGGUACUGUCCAGAACACGACCGGUUCAGGUAAUAUAACAAUUCGUAGUGGUGGGCCGCCUACCGAAGUACUAUGUUUGAUGAAUAUGAUCGAGACUUCGGAACUAGAAGAUGAUGAAGAAUACGAAGAUAUAGUUGAAGAUGUUCGUGCAGAAUGUAGUAAAUAUGGUGUUGUUCGCAGUCUAGAAAUCCCUCGACCGAUCCCCGGGGUUGAAGUUCCAGGAGUCGGAAAAAUAUAUGUUGAAUUCGCAAGUCUGAUCGACUGUCAAAAAGCUGCCACUGCUCUAACAGGAAGAAAAUUCAACCAAAGACUUGUGGUGACGUCUUUCUUCAGUCCUGAUAAUUACCAUCGCAGGGAGUUUUGAAUCUGACUGUUUUAAGAUGUAUAUAUAAUACAAUUUUAAUGAUUUUAUUAGGUUAAUCAUUGAUAUUUUACGAUAUUUGUGUUGUUUUUACCGGGAUAGCCGUGCGUACUUUGGGUAUUAAGUUUGUACUACAACGAAUGCUCGCUCAUUAAGUACAUUAGUUUUUUAUUCUUACCUGCUCUUCAGAUCUAUAAUUGUGUUCACAGAAACCUUAGCCUCGCCAAAUUUUCUUUACGUAGCGUGCGAUUCCGACUGUAUAGGGUUCUGCGUAACGACCCCGGGAAGUCGGUUCUAAAAUACUAGUCUAAUGCAACAUUUUGGCACCAAUCGGUCCCUGGGGUUAUUGAUUUAGAACCAACGGUAUAAAUGUGGAAAAUCAGGUCCAUCCAAUAUUAGUUUUGGUCUCGUCUCGUGAAGUCCAUGGCGUUGUUGUUGCUUAACACGCAAGAGGUUAGGCAACCUAAUUACGUGUGCUUAUUAUUGAGAUUAAAGGGUUUAAUCGAGUCUUUGCUUUCACAGAAGUUGAGUGUAAGGUUAGGUAGGUUCUUGUGAUUUGACUUGAUAUCCCAAGAAAUUAAGAGCUAUCUAAAUAGUUAUGCCUUUUUCCGAAUACUCGAUUAGGGUUUGUAUUGCGGACUGGUUUUUCCUAGUGAGAAUGUGUACAUUGACCGAACCGAAGUCUCUAGCUAUACGUGUUGUUGCUGCCCGACUUGUGCAGACCAUAAGUGUUCAAAUAUUGCACUCCCAUAUAAUUGCUUGGAUAAACCCUAAACUGCACGUCGUGUGACAGCAACCUAGGUUUGCACACAGCUCUGCUGUAUGGUCUUAAUGAGCGCAUUGAAUUUGAGUGACGGUUAAGUCACCGGAAAUCUCGAGUAGUAGCGCUUCCUGGGAUCAUAGAUCAUUGUGUUUAGUGGUUCGUGGUGAUCAAAACAUGAGAACCGAGGUCGUAUGGGUGUGUUUGUGUUCUCUGAAUCUGAUGGUUUGGUCAUUGAUCUGUCACAGUUAUUUCAACCUAUAUGGUUAGUGCCAGUUCUAGAUAGUAGUGGAGUGUUCCCUGCAUGUAUGGCUCCGGUUAAACACAUUUUUCCUAUCGAGAAUGUGUACUAAUGAUAAGAGGAACAUUAAAAGCUCAGUAGCCAAACCAUUCAGCUCCCAAAACAAAUCUCAAAAUCGUGCAGACGUCUGUAUACUGAUCAGAAAUUAGCAUACAAUUCCUCGUCGGGUUGCCUAUUCGGGAGAUUUGUUGGCGCAUAUUAACGUGAUCAGUCUUAAAUGAAUUAAGGUGAUAAUGGCAAAGCAAGCGGCUCUUAUGUUCCUUUGUGGGGUCACACGUUAGCGUGGGCGAUGUUUUAGUUUCUAAAACGAUCAGAUAGCUAGGUUUAUCAGUUGUUCAGCUGCUUAGCGUGAAGUAUAGCAGUUAAAGUGUAACAUUCGGUUCUGCAAGUAAGGCGCUAUAUAAUCCAUAAUUGCUUCGUGAUCACUCGUCCGGGCACAGGCAUGGUUAACUCGCUUCGACGAUGUGCGUUGUUUUGGCCCUCACUUGAACAGUAUAAACACCGAAUAGCUCAGGAAAGCUGGGACCUUGUUGCCGUGCUGCAAACCCAUUUGACCAGUCUCACAUGGGCCAAUUCUAUGUGGAGGUACGUUCGUGUAUCAUCAAAGCGUUGUUCUCCAGUCUGCAACCUAUAGAUAGUUUGCGAACCAGUAGUCGAGAAGUGCUUAUGGAGUAUAGGCUACAUUAGUUUAUUAAUAAUGAGUUGAGUUUAAGCUAGAGUAAUUCUUUACUAUGAUCUGCCUAAAUGCACGGACUAGAUCAGUAGUUUUUCAGCAGAUACUCGUAAAGACAGUGUACUCAAGUUUGAAGCAUGAGACUUACAAACGGUUCUUAAUGCUGUUCGCUGAGGGUUGUUGGAAGUAGGCCUACAGUGGCACUGGUACACCAGUACGAAGUCAAGUGAGUGAGACCCAAAGGCUUAAGAAUUAAUGGCAUUGCGUUGCAAUACAUAUAUUUACAUGUGUAG